ACUGGGAAGUGGAUUUUGGGGGGUGGGAAGGCGGCAAACCACUGUCGGAUUUAAAGGGCCUCCAGAAAAAGCACUGGGAGAGAUCUCUGCUUAGGGGGUAGGCAGUUCAAGGUUAAGAUGAUGUGAAUGCCCAGAAAGCAGCAGAGGCCCUGGGGGAAAAGGCAAGGAGGCAAGGGAAGCUCAGAGUCACCAAGGAGCAACUGCCUUUCAUUAAGAUUGACCCUUCAGAAAGGUCAUCAUCCCUGACUGAGUCUUCACACUGAGCUAAGACUGCUUCCCUGAGGGAGCACUGCACCAGAGAGCUCCGAGAUUUUUCUGAAGAAAAAUUCCAUGGGGACUGUACCUGACCCUUUGAGAUCGGCUAAAACUUCCUUGAUCACAGCUUCUGGAAAAGAGGAGGAUCUAGAAGUGCAGCCUGCCUCACCUCGGGCUCCACCAGCCCUCCUGUGUAAGAACACCAAUGGCCUCUCUGGGCCUCCUGAAGAGCCAGUCCUCAGCCCCAGGGCAGCUGCUGAGGCCCUGAUGCAGGCCUGUGAGCAUGAGACCACCCAGCCGGACAUGUCUUCUCCUGGUAUCUUCAAUGAGGUGGAAAAAGUGUCUUCCGCGUGCAACUCUCCUGGCCAUACCCAGCUGCCAGGAAGCUGCGAGCCCACAGCGCCAGCCCCGUGUUCUACAGCAGGAAAGGAUCUAGACGAAGCAUUGACCAUGCCAGCCAGUCAGCAUGCCUACCAGGCCAUCCCAGGUGCCCAGCUCAAGGCCAGCCCCUCAUCAGGACCUGAAGAUACACUGCUGAAAACACUGAGAACUUCCUCAGAAGGAGAGCAAGCUGAAACGUCAAGCUGUCCGGCGGGCAGCACCCGGGGCAACAGCGAAGCUCAAGUGCCCUGUGAUUCUCCUUCUCCAGAAACAAUCCAGGAAACGGUACAAACUGCAAAUAUGGCAGCCAGGGCGUUCAUUCACACCUCCUCUCCCGUAGGCGGACCUGAAGGGGAAAGGCCAGGAGCUAUGUGUGACCCCCGGACAAGGUCCUGUGAACCUCCAGCAAGAGAAGAUGGAUGCUCUGGGAACAAACAGCCCCCUGCCACCACCUCGGACAGCCAGAGUGUGACUCCCGUGACAACUCAACUAUCCCACCUCACUAGUCAAGGCUCCACGUUUCCUCCGGACCUGGGAAAGGUGCCACUGCCAGCGCAGCACCAGGUGUUACGGUUCAAAGAAGCGAGUACAAUGACCAACCAAGCUGCAGGUGAGGUCAGGGAAGUUCCCAGCAGGGCUCAGCAAGACGCCGAGGUGCAGGCGGUGGCAAGUGUCGAGAGCAGGUCCGUGUCCACCAGCCCCAGCAUCCUCACAGCAUUCUUAAAGGAAAUGCCCGUUCCUGAGCGUUUGGAACCACAGGAGCAGCUUCGUGUCGUCUGCCAUGGGGGUGGCAGUGGGAGCCGCACCGUGGAGGUGUCUGACGACCUCCUGGGCCCCCAGGAGCCAGGUCAGUGUCCAGGCAUCACACCGGAGGCGCACGGCCAGGCGCCUACUGCCGUUUCCACGGCUUUCCAAGGAGAAGGUAACUCGGUGAGGCUACCGGGGGAGGUCCUUACCGUGUCACCGACCGCGGCGGCAGCGGGCGAUGCUCAGAGUACGUGUAAGGAAGCGGGGAGGUCAGCAGGAAUGACCCCAAGCAGGGAGGCGCCCACCUCCAAACGGCUCUCGAGUGUGAAGUCUGGCUCCCCAAAAGCCAGCGCCAGCGACCAGAUUUCUGUCAGCGCAGGAAGUCACACGGCGACAGGCCACCGACUGGGGGGCUCUGAAUCCGAGCCGGCCGAGCUGGCGGUGAACAGCGCGGAUGGCCACAGAACAGACGCACACCGCCAGCUCCGGGCGUCCGGCGGCCCUGCCAGGGCCGAGAGCUGGGGCGCCGCGGGGGACGGGCAGCGCGCCUCUCCUCAGGCAGGAAAGCGGCCGGCGCGUCGGGGCACCGAGAGCCUGGACGGCGGGGCCCGGGCGGACGCCGAGACGCUGCUGCUCACCCCGAAGUCUCGGGAAGGUGGAGGCCCCGCGCCCGCCGCCGGUGCUACGCCGUCCCCCGUGAGGCGCAGCCAGGAGGCGGCGUCGGAAGAAAGCCGAGCGCCCAAGGCGGCCGCCAGCCUGAGCCUGCCGUGUGACGCCGCCGUGGGCGACUCCAGUCCGGGUUCCGGCAAGAGGACCCCUUCUCGCUUGGCCAAAGCCAGCCCGCGCCGCGCCAGCCGCGUCAGCGAGUUCCUCAGGGAGCAAAAGCUCAACGUGACGGCGGCCGCCGCGCAGGUGGGGCUCACCCCGGGAGAGAAGAAGAAGCAGCUCGGCCCCGACUCCAAGCUGCAGCUGAAGCAGUCCAAGCGCGUCAGGGACGUGGUGUGGGAUGAGCAGGGCAUGACCUGGGAAGUGUACGGGGCCUCCCUGGACCCGGAGUCCCUGGGAAUCGCCAUCCAGAACCACCUGCAGAGACAGAUCAGGGAACACGAGAAAUUAAUCAAGGCGCAAAGCAGCCAGGCCCGGAGAUCCAUUUCCUCAGAUACUUCUUCAAAUAAGAAGCUCAAAGGCAGGCAGCACAGCGUGUUGCAGUCGGUGCUGCAGACCUUCCGCCGCCCCAACUGCUGCGUCCGCCCGGCCCCCUCCUCCGUGCUGGACUGAGGCGAGCGCGUCCGGCCUUGUCGGCGGCCGCGGCACUCCCGGGGGUCUCGGGGGCCCAGGCUUACCUGGGUUUCUCUUUCGCUUUCUUUUCCCGAGAGACCAGGAAGAGGAAGCGAGUAUUAACGACCGGAAGUUGCGCUUAAGGACUGUUGGGUCCUUCGAUUGGGGGCUCCGUAAAUAGAAAUAGUUCAAGUCGACAGAAAGAACGGGAGAAAAGGAGGAAGCUUCAAUGAAGGUUAACGACCGUAAUUAAGAGGAGAUCAUAUUCACUGGGUUUAUUAUUAUUAUUAUUAUUAUUAAUUAUUAUUAUGUUGCUUCUGGAACUAGCAUUAUUGUUCCACGUAGGUCGUUCCGUAUGACUGCCUCAAUUUAUCACCCUGUGGUAUUGCCAAUCAAAUCCCCGCUUAAUAUUAAAAAUAGCAAAACCACUACUAGCGAAAACACUGUUAGGUCGUUCUAGUCGUAUUGCAAUGAGAAUGCUAUGACCACACAAAAUUUAAACAGAUGAUAAGAACUAUAGUUAAAAUGUGAAAACAGAUUUGACUCACUCUUAGGGCAGGUGACAUUAAGUAAAAGCAUUUAAAUGCAUAAAAUACCAAACAUGAAUUAAUAUUUGUAAACAUCAGCAGGCCAUUGUUUCUGUAAACCUUGUUACACCGUUAUCAAAUAUUAAGAAAGUUCUGUUAGGAAAGUUAACCAAGCUAUUGAAUAUGAAUAAUGCCCACAUAAAACAUGAAUUUAUGUAGACGGAUUUCCCUGCACUAGAAGGGAGGAACAACACUAUGCUUCUGACUAAAUUCGUAUUUCUUUACUCUGGAGAAAGUGCAGAAGUGGAAACAGUGAUCUCCCUACAGUGCAACUGAAUUCUUAGAAGGAGUCAUCGAAUUAUUAAUAAUACUAAAGUUUGUGUUGUACAGGUGUUCUCCAAAAACAUUCAACUGAGAGUGUUAAGAUUUUGGUAAGGAAUUAUAAAUAGCCAGUCUACCAAACACCCUCUUUGCUGUGUUGAAGAAAAAGAAGUAACAAAAGCAAUAUAUUUAAUUUUGAUUCCUGUAAAUGAGAUAGUUUAUAUUUUUCUUUUGACUUGCUUGUCCAGUAGCUUCCGAUAGAAAAUGUAGUCAGCACCAAAUAGAGCAGAAGCUUCCUCAGUUUUUGUAUGUACACUAAUAUCAUCUAAUUGCUUAAGUUUCUAAUCUGUAGUAAAAAGGUAGCCUGUGCAGACUUACUGACUUUAAGAGAAAUACCAUCAUAUCUCAUACUUCAAACCCAAUAAAAGAGGCCUUUACUAAAACAUGGUUUGAGCUUCGGGUGGGCUAUAGUUUUUGAGAACAUAGACACCUGUUUGAGCUCAGCACUCACCUGUCUCCGGAAAAGGAGUGUGUCCUUCGUACCCGUGAGUGUAUUGCAGGGCACUGAGCUGGGAUGAUGAGCAUUGGUUUGAGAUUUGGGGGGAGUCUGGAAGAUGGAAAUGAGAUAGGACACUAGAAAAGCGUCCCCUCGCUAGAUUCAUUGUAGGGAGAUCACUGUUUCCACUUUGCAUUUAGAAAAUCAGAUUGUUAAACAUGGUGGGUGGGGUGCUCGCUGUUUGCCUUCUCUGAGAUUGUUCUCCUUGAUGAGCCAGAAAAGGGUGUCUGGCUAUUAUUCUCUCUCUCUCUCUCUCUCUCUCUCUCUCUCUGGAGACUCAUAAAUGUCAUUUGUGCAUUAAGUUGACAAUUUCCGUUUUGGCUUUUUUUUUUUUUUUUGUUGAAUUCUCUUUUGCAGAUUCUGAACAUAUAGGGGGAAAUCAUACCUAAACUUUAAUACCAGAUGCUAAACAAGGCACAGCCUAAAUUAGUAUAUAGCCACUGGUUUCUUUCAAAGCAAUUGGACUAUAUAUGAAGACCUCAUAAAUAGACUCCAGUCAUAGUACUCUCAGAGCCUGAGAAUGGUAAAAUUGCAGUUGUUAUACUUGGAAUUUGUAAUGAAUUUUGUAAUGAGGUGCGUUUUUCUGUUUCUUACCAAUUGGCCUCUAUUAAGAAUACUACCUGAAGGGAUCCCUGGGUGGCGCAGCGGUUUGGCGCCUGCCUUUGGCCCAGGGCACGAUCCUGGAGACCCGGGAUCGAAUCCCACGUCGGGCUCCCGGUGCAUGGAGCCUGCUUCUCCCUCUGCCUGUGUCUCUGCCUCAUUCUCUCUCUCUCUCUGUGACUAUCACAAAUAAAUAAAAAAAAAAAAAAUUAAAAAAAAAGAAUACUACCUGAAGUAGAAAUUGCCAUGAAAUUAGCAAUCAAAUUACUAUUAAUGGUUAGAAAUUUUGUCUAAAAUUCUCUUUUGGCCUUGAAUACCCAUUCGUAGGAGUGUUCAUGUAGCUUUUGUUGGAGAUGUCUUUGCCAGGAUGUAAUCUCACUCCUACCCUUGCCUCACUGCCUGACUCCCUCACACAUUGGCACACACGCUGUGUAUACACAGAGAACACCCUGUGUACACAGUAGCAGCUGGCAACAGUAUCCGCUCCAGAUGGGUGGGCCCCAGGUAAUCCUCUGCUGUGAAGUUACUGGAAUAGGCUGUUACUACAUUAAAAGAGGGGAAGAAAGAAUAAUUUAGCAUCUGGUAAUAAUAUUUAUCUUCAUGAGUCUGGAGUAACCACGUGAAUGAUAAAGAGCUAAAGUUAAAUUACAAAUUUGUAGCUAUAAAUUUGUAAGUUAUAAAAUUCAUAAAUUAUAAGUAGUUCAAGUUAAAAAUGAAGCAGAGGCCUAAGAGAGUUGCCUGUCAUUUGUUGCACAUUAAAUAAACAAAUUAAGAAAAUUACAUUGAAUUACUUAAAACUAAAUUUAGUGCUGUGGUUGUGCCCUUCAAUGUAAGACUUCAUGUUUGAUGAAGGAACUUUAACUCAUUUUCUUUGGUACUGGAACUGGCCUUUCCUUCUUAAUCUUUAAUUGUUUUGUACUUCAUCUUUACUCCUACCACACUCCAGAAAUUGUCAGAAAAUAGUACAAAACCUUUCUUGUUUGGUUGUUUAUUGAAUCUUAAAGAAGGGACAGCUUUUCAGAACAGGUAUGAAAUAGAUCUUCAAACAGAUAAAGAAAGAGCCCAUUAAAGACCAGCCAUGCAUUUGCUUUAUGAUACCCUAAGUACUCCCACCAUAAAACCUUGAUUUGAAAUUUUCCUUCCUCCCCCACCAUUUCUUUUUUUAAGAUUUUAUUUAUUUACUCAUGGGAGACAGAGAGGCAGAGACAUAGGCAGAGGGAGAAGCAGGCUCCCUGUGGGGAGCCCGAUGUGGGACUCAAUCCCAGGACCCCGGGAUCAUGACCUGAGCCAAAGGCAGAGAUGCUCAACCACUGAGCCACUCAGGCGUCCCUCCUUCCCUUCAAUCUGUGACACAGCAUUGACAUUCAAUACAUGAUUCAUGACUCCUGAGGUUCAUUCAACACAUAAAAGUGGGCGGCAGACUCUUUGAACUUGUUUGGCAAUUCCUUAGCUACCCUGCAUGACAGAUACCAGGUUGAAAGUUGGUUUUGUCCUUAAUUUCUUUUAGAUGUUUUGUUCCUUUUAAAUGCUGUUUAGUCAUUGAAAUAUAUGGAGGAAAUAUUUUAUUGAGUAAAUACACAUAAAAUGUUUCUUAACCCAGUAGUGUGAGAGAGAUGAAUUAGAACACAGUGUCGGAAGAUAAUGAGACAUUUAAAAUGUUCAGAUGCUAUACAGCUUACUAAGUGAAUACUAGAAUUUAAAUAUUGAUUUUUCUAUUUUAAUGACCACAAGAAAAAUGUCAUUGCUUCAGCUGUCAUAUGUUUAUCUUCAGUGCUUUCCUAAUUAUCUCUUUCUAGAUUUUUGGCUUUGAUGCCACAGACCAACUGCUUUACAUACAGUAAAAUUCUUAUUUACAUUUGUGUUUUGGACCAAAGGCAUAAGUCAAAGGCAUUAGAUCAAAGAAACCUUUUUGUUUGCAUCCAAAAUGAAGUAUUUAUAAAAUAUAUUGGUAUGUUUUCCUACCUUGACAAGUUCAGCUAUAUUGAAUAUAGUUUGAUUUUUGAUGAUUCCUUAAUCUUUAGAAUUGUCUGAUAAUUGUUAUUUUGGAUACCAGUAUUCUUCAUGCUAUAGCUUACAUAUCAAAUUUUAAAUAGACUGAAGUAAAUAAGCAUGUAUAACAUAUACCCUAGAGGUUGAAUUUUAGAACCAAAUCCUCAAUAGGAGCUUGCCAUUUUAAAGUAGAAAACAGAAGAAGAAAAUGACUUUUGGUUGCAUCCCAGAGUAUUGUGGUUUUAUUGUUCCUAGCUUAUUCUAAUAUUAUUCCUCUCAUUUCUGGGAGUUCCUAUCAUUCUGGGAGUACUUAUAUAUACCACAUGAAGAAUAUAAUAUAAUGUGACUUUAAAAUUUGUUUACAGAGGAUAUAUAUGAGUAUGCUGUUAAUGUAAAUUGUUUGGCCUUUGCUGUAUCUGCUGUUACUGUUUUGCUGCCAAAAUGUGAGAAAAUAUCUUCUAUUCUUCCUACAUAUUGUGCAAGUGUUAAAAAAAUUUGUUCAUUUCUAGUACCAUAUAAUUCACUACAUCCCCUGUCUACUUUUAAGAAUCAUUAUAAAGAAAAACAAUACCUUAGGGUAAGGUUUGCAUAUAUGUAUAUGUGUUUUUACUGAAAACUGGGCCCUUGUAGCCUUGUGUAGGCCUCUACCUGUCUGAUUUACUCGUUGUCUACAAUGCUGCCAUGGAGAUGACGCUGUUUACUCUCUCCUGCUUUGUCCUAAAUGGUAUUUGAGAAAUGAGGCCUGUGAAUUUCCCUUUGUGAUAAUAACGUGGUGAACUCAGCAGUAUCUUGGAUAAAUGAGCUGACCAUCUUGUCCCCGCCCCUGUUUUGUCUACACAGUGAAUCAGAAGGCUUAUCCAUGUCUGCUUCAGUGUUUGCUAUUUUAUAUUGAUAUCUGAGCAUUUUGUUUUCUGUUAGCGAUGUUCUUUGAUGCCGUGUGUGGCCCUUUUGGUUGAAUCUCUCCAAAUGUGGGUCAGCUGCUGCCACCUGGCAAGUAACAGGUGAUAUGCUAAAUCUCCUGUCCAUUCUUGUAACAAUAUCCUUCUUCAUGAAAUUCUGCAACUGGCUGAGUAAUUAUAAGUGUCAUCUGUGCAGACACAUGGGCUUAAGGAGGUCUACAAAAUUUUAGACAUUUUUGCAAAAGGGGAAAAAUAGUCUUGUAAAUACUGAAACAUUUCCAUGAACUUUAUCCUACUCUUAGGGGAAAAAUAAUCUCCUUGGCUACAGAAAUCAGAUAAACUUGAUUUGCAAUGACCAAGGACAAUAAUGAAGAUGGAUUGAGGUGGAAAAAUUCUGUCUCACAAGUAAUCAGUGACAUCUGUCAGAGGUCAUUACAGCUACUUUUAACUGUGAACACUCACCAGCUAAACUACUCACUUGCCACAACCAAAUAACCUCUCUCAAAGUAGAUCCAAUACAUCUGUAUAUAUAUAUAUGUAGAUAGAAACGAGAAAAAAUCCUGAAAAAUUACUGUUGACUAUUAGUUAAAUCAAGGUGAUGAUAAUUAUAAAGAACAUUUAAAUAACCGUGGGCCUUGGUGAAAUGACCGUGGAGGCCAGAAUGGUGCAACAAGAUGUUAUUCACAAGUUUGGUUUUUUGUUUUUUUUUUUUUAAGACCCAGAUAUCUCAGAUACUCAUCAUGAGAAUAAAGACUGUUGAAAAUGAAAUUAAAGCCAAGCAAUAAUGUGCCCAAAAGAGGCAGUUAUACCAGCAAGUGCAUCUGUAUGGGUAAACCAUUAUAUAAUAUGGUUUGCUCCAUGAAGACUGUAACCCACAGGAUAAAAUAAGCAAAGGCAAAUUUUUCUAGAUAGAAAAACUUGUUUAGGCGUUCUAUAAAGAGGUAUAGCAUUGGUGAGUGUUGUUAGGGAUAUGGUUGACAUCUCUGUCUUAAUUAUAGCCAAGACAAAAAAAAAGGAGUCAAAAAGUCUUGCUAGCUUAGAAUUCAAGAUGGCUACAACCAGAAACUUUGUUGAAAUGGAGGGGUUACAGUAAUUACUCUUCCCGGACACUUGCAUGUGGAAAAGCAAUUCAGUUAACUCUGCCUAGAGGAUUACCAGCCUUAGCUAUGAAAAAUGGGUUCCAAAUAUAAAAUAACUAAAACAUGAGUACUCAUUUCAAAAGGGGCCUCAAAUCAUGCCUUACAGAAAAUUAUAUUCCAGAUGGGUGUUUCUAAACACUGAUCCUUCAUCGAGUCCUUUUUCAGUUCAAGUUCAGAAUCGGCUGCAAAACGGUAGGAAUAAGUCACAUACUUUACACUUCAAAAAAGAUACUGAUAAUCAACCAGCAUGGUGAUAAUUAUGAUGAGAAAUACCCUAGUGAUUUGUGUUUAGGAGUAAUAAUUGGGAGAGAAAUGCUAGCUUCUUUCCUAAUGUCUUAUGAUGUGGAGAUGUCACCCAUUUAUUUGCAGGGCAAAAAUUAUAGCUUGCUUUUUGACAUUGCGGCUAGCAUUACUCUUUGUUUAGAAAAUUAAAUUGUCUAUUCUUUAACAAAACUUUUAAGCAGAUAAACAACUUUUUCUGAUUCAUAUCAUUGCUUUAAUAUGUGAAGACUAUGUAUAGAGCAAUCUGUUAAAUAGGUAGAAGGGGCUAACCCAUGUUUAUCAGACUCUCUUAAUGAUUUGAGAUUUUUUAGCAUUUAUUUUAGGCCACACCUUUGAGUAAAUUUUUUUUCAUGUUUUCCAUCACAUCUUAAAACAAUGUCAGUAAAUCAGAAGAUUGCAGGAUUAGAGUCACGCUCCUCAAUCCCUAGAGGAGAGACUAAUUUUUGUUUAAGGACAUCUGGAGAUAGCUUUUCCUGAGGCUGAGAAAGGUUAACAGGGCCUGAAGCUCAAGAAAGAAAUAUAAAAUAAUAAUUACUAAAUUUCUAGAUGUAUUUAUCUCUGCUGUACUAAUGUGUGAACAAUAUGUUGUGCAUAAUACUGUAGCUGGUUGUGGUAUGUCAAUACAUUUUGUAAGUGUGUACAGUCUGUGAGUGGUUAGUUUUCUAUUUUUAUGUGUAGAAAAAAAAUAACAUGCUGUGUCCCAUUUCAAAACCAAGUUCCGUCAUCAGGUAGGCACAUGUACAAAAUGAAUAAAGCUAACAGAAGUGUGCAUAUGUAUUCAGUAACACAAUUUGUCCUUUUAAUUUUUGAAAGUCAGAAAGGGCUGGGUUUUUUUGUUUUUGUUUUUGUUUUUUUUAGUCAUCUAUGAGAGUAGAUAACUAAUUAUCACAAAGGCUGGAUACAUUGGCAGUACAUUGGCAUCUUACUAAAUAUGCCAGGUUAAUUAACCAUGCCAUUAGUCACAGGUAAGGUCAGUUCUUUGACCACCAGGAUGAUUUACAUUCCUCACACAUCCUCUCCAUGUUAAGUGUGUGACUAGGAUGUACAUACUAUGGGUGUGAUUGUGUACAUACCUUGUAUGAAUUAUCUAAAUCCUCAGAGUUGUAGGAAAGCAGGAAGAAGAAACAGGUGUUCAAAAGCCUCAAAAGGGCUAAUCAAUGAGUAUUUUCAUUUUCUACACAUAAAAAUGUAUACAUGGCAUAACUGUAAAUAGCUUACUCACGUAUAUAUAUACACACUCACAAAUGCAUUUUAUUCAUGUUAAUAUUUAAAUAAGUCACAAAUUAAAACAACUAACUGAAAACUGCAUCUUUCCAUGACUGUUCUGUUUCACAUACAUUGAUAUUGAAUCAAAUGCUCCCCAUUAAAUGAUGUUAUUCUCCUUGGUAGCAGAUUUGGUGCUUAGGAAAGCCCAGCCUCACUAUGAAAAUCUAGUUAGUGUCUUACUCAGGCAUAGACUGGUACCUGAGCAGCUUCAAAGGUUUCAUGCUGUUGUUUAAGCACCUAAUUUUAUAUCUGGUAAUGACAAACACUGGGGAAAAUCAAUUAUGUUUUGUAGGCUUCACUUGUACAUUUAUUAGUGUAUUUAUUUGCACGGGCUGAUAAAAGCUCUACUUUUUUUAAGAGAUGUAUCUCUAGAUUUCAAAAUAGUGUAUAAUCAAAGUGGAAAAUGAUUGUAGGCAUUCUCUUGAGAUGGGCAAAACAGUGUUUAGCAACACCAAAGAAGUCAAAGAGUAAAUUAAAAAAAAAAAUUAACAACUGAUUUUGGUAGGAUAAUGGGAUAUGAGUAUUCGGGAGCUCCUUAAAAUGGGCCCAUGUAAUUACUAUUAUUGAUAACAAGGUAAUGCUGUGUGGAUAACUAGAUAACAAGAUGAAAGACAUUAGCCAGCAAAUGUUGACACUGGACAACAUUUAUCAAUUUAACCCAAUUCCAAUCAUUGAACUGAUGUUGCUUGAGGUUCUCUCAUGUUUUAUUAGUGAUCAGAAAGGCUGAUCUGGUUCCUAAAAUCUACUAUAAUUUGACCCUGGCUCCCUGACACUACAAAGUAUAUUGGCUAAGUAUCAGGUUGAAGAUAUAAAUGGAAAUGCGAGAGUGUCCAUUAAUAGAGAAUUUGGUGUGGCAAAGUGCAAAUAUAACCACUUGUCAGUAAAAAGUUAAUAAUAUUUAAUACAUAUUUAUGUUUUAGAGAAUGAAUGUGCCAUCUUUAUGUCUUAGAUAAAAAUAAAAGGUUAACCAAUCAUAAGAACACUACAAUUAUAACUAUAGCUGGCUGUGUUUAUUUAAUAAAAACAUAAUUGUUUCUAAGAGCAGGAUACCUGGAAUUAUGAUGUUUGUCAAUAUUUACUUAAGUUGCUUAAAAGAUAAGUUCACGUAAUUACUUUGGAAGAUGUUUAUUAAUUUAAAUGCCAGCCAGAAAAACUAUAGCUGUCAAUGUGAAAAUCAUUUAUUUAUGUGUGUAAAUGCUCAGCUGAGAAAGACCAAAAGUGUAAUGUUAAAUCUCUGAAGAAACAGUAAUAUUCAAAAUGAUUCUAUUUAUGAAUGUACCAAUAUUAGAAUCUAAAUGUCUUUUCAUGAUGUCUAUAUAUGAAAGUCAUAAAAUGGUUUAUUCAAGAAAGCCGCAUCCUCCAGAAAUUGACCUACCAAUUUUUUCAUUUUCUAGAAAAAAGAUGGAAUGUUACAAUUUAUAUUAGAUCAAGAUUUUGGAAUUAUAUACAGUUCCACUCUCAUUUUUGGACUUUAUUUUUUAAUGAAGGAAGGAAGGAAAUUCAAUGGAUGACUUAUUUUACCCUCAAAAAAUUUUAAGUAUGAUUUUUUGCAUUUCGUUUUCCAUAAUAAACCUUAUAUAGAUUAAAAUUUA